CGCUGCCCAGGCUCCCGAGUCCAGCUGCUGACUGCUCAUCCCUUGCGCAAGCUAACUGCUCCCAGCCACAAACACCAUGAAGCUGUCCCUGUGUGCCCUGCUGGUCGCUCUGGCCCUUUGCUGCUACCAGGCUGACGCAGCCAUGACUUGCCCAGCCCUUGCGGGAGAUAUGAGUUCAUUUGUCAUCAGCUCGGAAAGUGUCUUUAAACUAUACCUUGCUCAAUUUCAUGCCCCUGAUGCUGCUGUGGAGGCCAAGAUGCUUUGGAAGACCUGCUACAAUAAUGCCGUGGACCCUGCAGGGAGAGCUCUAAUUGCAAAAACUUUGACGAACAUUCUUGCGGCCUGCUAGAAACAAUAAUAACAAGUCUUCUAUCUGUCAUCUAUGCCUUACAAUGAUCUAAUGAAUUUCAAGAAAAUGUCAAGGUUUCACUCUCUCUUCUAAUAAAUUACUUGCUCAACACA